AUGAGCGCAAGGGCGAACCAACGGCUCGUCUACAAACCGCUCGCGGACAACGGGCACUAUGGCGGCCAACUUACGCCGCGUACGCCUCAUACAUCGCGAACAGGAAGACCCGUGCAAUCAUUUGCAGACGCAGAGGAGGCCUUUGAGGACGAGGAAGAUAUCAUGGUUGGAGGCGGUACGAGCAGCGGUGCUCGCGCUUCAUUUGCAAAAUCCUAUCGGGAACAAGAUGAGACACAGUCUUAUCCUCUGUUGCGCUCUGCAACAUCCCAUACAUUUCCACCCACGCCUGCUCCAGGCCAUCCUGUAUCGAGGGAGAGUAGAGCCCAUGCCAUGAAACGGAAAUGGACAUGGAAUCCACUAGAGUGGGACUUUAAACAUAUUGCGGAAACCGCACCUCUUGUACUCGGUGGCAUUGGAGCAUGCAUUCUCCUCAUCCUCAUCCUACUGUCCGUCAACAAGCCAGACGUACUGCGAAAGUAUAUCCUUAAGACUAAUGGGACCGAACCAAUUAUUCCAAUAUCAAAAGGAACCUCCAGCGGUGGUACCACGGGCGAAGAGCAUGGGGAGAUGACGAGGGUGAUGGAAUAUGAAAACUCGUGCUGGAAGAUGAUGAAUAGCGGUGAAAUGAAGCACGGUGGUCCCUACUGGGGGGAGCAUCAUCAACAUUCAAAUGCUGGCCAAGCAAACGAACAAGUCGUCCAAGAGGACGACAAUGAUUAUGACCCAUUCCUCGACGACAGCGACGAUAGCACCGAGACAGACUCUGCGGUUCCUGCAGGAACGUGUAGCAGCACAAUAACUUAUGUUCUUGACGGCAAUGUCGGGUUAUUCUAUGACCUCGCGCUAUUGGCGCAGGCGGCUGCGUUGGCAAGAGAGCGUAACCGUACUUUUAUUGUUGAUGACUCUGAGUGGAAUCGUGGUAGCUGGACGGAUCACUUUCGAGAUGUCAGAUCGACUCAACCGGGCCCAGAACCGGGAUGUUUACCUCCUUCACAAGACCUUCUCAAGGCUUGUCCUCGCAGUUCAAAACAUUGGGUCGUAACUCAACGAACAGCCAAGUUUCAUUUCGGUCACGACUUUUCGGAAAGAUACGAGAACCCCUACAAGUCGGACGUGAGUCGAUUACGACCCAUCUUUGAACACGCGGCAGUAUCCUUUCGUGAGACUAUACAGCUCAGCGACAACCUGAGGGAACACCUGCGCAAGCUGCGAAACGUUGUGCAUACCAACAAACCCUACGUGGGAGUUCAUAUUCGACACGGGGACAAGUAUCCGGCGAAUCAGCAGUGGAAAGGCGAUUACGUACCCAUCUCCGAGUACAUAAAGCUGACGACCGAGGUCUGGGAGACGGUUCGAGGCAUGCAGUCUACGCAAAUAGAGCCAUUCCCUCGAAUAUACGUCGCGACGGACUCGCUGGCGGCAUUUUCGGACCAUUUGUCCCUUUCACCAACAUUCUCGUUGGCGACGGAAGAACGUAUACUCGGGUUGCAUGCCGCGUCUUCUCUAUCCUAUGGAGAGCGUGAUUGGCGGUUCAUGGCGUCUCCCCACGGCUAUGUGCAACGGGUGUUCAGCGGAGGCAAGACGAGACCCGAAGAGCGCGUCCGCUGGACGCAAGGGAUGCUGCUCGACUUUGCGAUGUUGAGUGGAGCGUGGUUGGAGGAUGGUGCAAGAGCACCAGAGGCCGUUGUUUGCACUGCUACGUCAAAUGUCUGCCGGAUGGCCGCGGUCGCACUAGGCUGGGAAAAGGCAUUUGAAAAGCAGUUGUGGAAGGACGUUGAUUGGAAGGGGAUUGUCUACCCGCCAUGGGAUGCGUUUGAGUUUCACUAA